GCCAGGCCCAGCAACUGGAGCCGGGCCUCCGCCACCAGAGGCUGGCGAGUGCUGUCUUCGUGAGCCGGCAGCCGGGCAAGGGGCUGUGGGAGGGAGCGGUGGCCUGCGCUGUGGCCAUGUCUGUGUCUGCAGCGGGCCAUGGUCCCGCGAACCUGAACCAUCAGUCCGGGCCCGGCCGGACACCCGUGACCUCCCGGGGGUCCGGCAGAGGGCAGUGACCGGCAAUCUCUGUGCUUCCUGACCCCUUCCCCUCCCCGAGAAACAGGAGAGCCCAAGGGAUGGCUGCUGACAUGCAGAGGAAGAGAAGCAACGAAGGCCCUGAUGGCACGUUGGCUCCUUCUGAUAGGCAGAGUGUGGAGAGAGCUGAGAGCCCCACACCAGGACUGGCCCAGGGAAUGGAGCCAGGUGCCGGACAGGAGGGUGCCAUGUUCGUCCAUGCCCGUUCCUACGAGGACCUGACUGAAUCAGAGAAUGGGGUGGCUUCUGGGGAGAGCCCCAAGGAGGGUGCUGGCGGUCCCCCACCUCUGCCUACAGACAUGCGCCAGAUCAGCCAGGACUUCAGUGAGCUGAGUACCCAGCUGACGGGUGUCGCCCGAGACCUGCAGGAGGAGAUGCUUCCAGGAAGCUCUGAGGACUGGCCGGAGUCCCCAGGGUCAGCAGGGCGACCAGCCACAGAGCCCUCAAGGGAGGGCACUGGUGAAGGGGAUGAGGAGGAGACUGCUGAGGCAUGGCGCCUGCACCAGAAGCAUGUCUUCGUGCUGAGCGAGGCGGGGAAGCCUGUGUACUCCCGCUAUGGGUCAGAGGAGGCACUUUCCAGCACCAUGGGUGUCAUGGUGGCCCUGGUGUCCUUUCUGGAGGCUGACAAGAAUGCCAUCCGUUCCAUCCAUGCAGAUGGCUACAAGGUAGUAUUCGUGCGCCGGAGCCCAUUGGUGCUGGUGGCGGUGGCCCGCACGCGGCAGUCGGCACAGGAACUGGCGCAAGAGUUGCUCUACAUCUACUACCAGAUCCUGAGCCUUCUUACGGGCGCGCAGCUGAGCCACAUCUUCCAGCAGAAGCAGAACUAUGACCUGCGGCGCCUGCUCUCGGGCUCUGAGCGCAUCACGGACAACCUGCUGCAGCUCAUGGCGCGAGACCCCAGUUUCCUGAUGGGGGCGGCGCGCUGCCUGCCCCUGGCGGCGGCCGUGCGCGACGUCGUGAGUGCCAGCCUGCAGCAGGCGCGCUCCCGCAGCCUCGUCUUCUCCAUUCUGCUGGCGCGCAACCAGCUCGUGGCGCUUGUGCGCCGCAAGGACCAAUUCCUGCACCCCAUCGACCUGCACCUGCUCUUCAACCUCAUAAGUUCCUCCUCGUCCUUCCGCGAGGGCGAGGCCUGGACGCCCGUGUGCCUGCCCAAAUUCAACGCAGCCGGCUUCUUCCACGCACACAUCUCUUACCUGGAGCCUGACACGGAUCUCUGCCUGCUGCUCGUCUCCACCGACCGUGAGGACUUCUUUGCAGUGUCUGACUGCCGCCGCCGCUUUCAGGAGCGCCUGCGGAAGCGCGGAGCGCACCUGGCGCUGCGGGAGGCACUGCGCACACCUUACUACAGUGUUGCCCAAGUGGGCAUCCCUGACCUGCGCCACUUCCUCUAUAAGUCAAAGAGCUCGGGACUCUUCACCAGCCCUGAGAUCGAGGCCCCGUACACCAGUGAAGAGGAGCAGGAGCGGCUGCUGGGCCUCUACCAGUACCUGCACAGCCGCGCCCACAAUGCCUCCCGCCCACUCAAGACUAUCUACUACACGGGCCCUAACGAGAACCUCCUGGCUUGGGUGACAGGCGCCUUUGAGCUCUACAUGUGCUACAGCCCCCUGGGGACCAAGGCGUCGGCCGUCAGUGCCAUCCAUAAACUGAUGCGCUGGAUCCGCAAAGAAGAAGACCGCCUCUUCAUCCUCACGCCCCUCACGUACUGAUGAGAAUGUGUGUGGGCUCAGCCCUGCUAGGCACACCAGGCUGUGGAAGCCAUGGGAGCUUCCAGGUGGGGCUGGCCUCUCUGGCCCAGGCAGCAGGCAGGGACUGUGGGUUGGUGUGUGCAUUAAAGUGCUUUGGGGAAGACA